AUGGGGGAUACGGAGGUGGAUACGGUUACGGAAAAAGAGAAACGUAAGAAUUUGAGAAAAUUAGAACGAGAUGGGGGAUACGGAGGCGGAUACGGAGGUGGAUAUGGUUACGGAAAAAAAGAGAUAAAUGAAGUAGCUGACCCUAGGGGAGGUGGUAGCAGAAGUGGCGGAGGAGGUGGUGGUGGUGGCGGUGGAGGUAGCAGAAGUGGCGGAGGAGGUGGUGGUGGUGGCGGUGGAGGUAGCAGAAGUGGUGGAGGCGGUGGUGGCGGCGGCGGUGGUGGUAGCAGAAGCAGAGGCAGAGCGUUGAAAGAAGACAGCAUUCAAGUUUAA